AUGGCUUCACCGAAACAACACGUUGAAGAGAUUCGAAGAACUAAAUUCUCUAUCGGCGGAGAACCUAAUCCGUUGACUGAAGAUCUUCAUCAUGCAGUGAAGAAUCUCUCCGCGGAGCUUUACGCAAAAGAUGUUCACUUCCUCAUGGAACUCGUUCAAAAUGCUGAAGAUAAUUCUUAUAAUGAUGGAGUGAAACCAAGACUUGAGUUUGUUAUAACUUCUGAUGAUAUUACUGCUACGGGUGCUCCGGCGACAUUGCUUAUUUUCAAUAAUGAAAAGGGAUUUUCUCCGAAAAACAUUGAGUCCAUAUGCAGUGUUGGACGAUCAACCAAGAAAGGCAACCGAAGCAGUGGUUACAUUGGAGAGAAAGGAAUUGGUUUCAAGAGUGUGUUUCUAGUUACUGCUCAACCUGAUAUUUUUAGCAAUGAAUAUCAGAUAAGGUUCAAUGAGAAGCCAUGUCCACAUUGCAGUCUUGGUUAUAUAGUUCCUGAAUGGGUUGAAGAGAAGCCAACCCUUGCAGAAAUAAAGAAGAUAUAUGGUAAUGAUUCUCUUCCAACUACGACAAUUGUCUUGCCUUUGAAGCCGGAUAAGGUCAAUCCUGUUAAACAGCAGCUGUCAAGCGUUCAUCCAGAAGUCCUUUUGUUUCUGACCAAAAUCAGACAGCUUUCAGUCAGAGAAGUUAACGAGAUUCCCACACAGAAGAACACUGUAACUGCUGUAUCAAUUUCAAGCGAGGUUGACUUUGUGACAAUGAAAAAUAUGAAUGCUGAGUCUUACACACUCCAUCUCUCUGCAGAGGAAAAUAGUGAUGAUGAGAUGGAAUGCAGCUACUACAUGUGGAAGCAAAAGUUUCCAGUCAGGCUGGAAAAUAUGGUUGAAAGGAGAACAGAUGUGGAAGAGUGGGUUGUGACAUUGGCUUUUCCAAAUCAAGAGAGGCUUCAUAGAGGCAAAAGCUCACCGGGGGUCUAUGCAUUUCUUCCAACAGAAAUGGUUACUAAUUUUCCUUUCAUUAUCCAAGCAGAUUUUGUUCUUGCCUCGUCAAGGGAGACAAUUCUCCUGGAUAAUAAAUGGAACCAAGGGAUACUUGAAUGUGUUCCAUCAGCCUUUAUGGACGCAUUCAAAACACUUGUCAUAGGAUCGGAUCAAGCUCCAGUAUCUAGUUUGGCUCAAAUGUUUAAGUUCCUUCCCGUUGAAAGUUCUCCAUUUGAGAAGUUUAAUCACGUGAGGGACAAAAUCAAAGCAAAAUUGGUUGAAGAAAAUAUUAUUCCGAUUGAGACAUACACAGAGCAGAAGCACUUCUAUAAGCCUGGUGAAGUUCACAGACUGCUGCCUGAAUUUUGGGAUAUUUUGAAUAAAGCCAGGGACGAAGGAGUGUAUCUGCUUAACCUCUCUUCUCAUGAUGGGAGGAAGAUCUUGAGUUCUUCCUUUGAUACAAGCGAGUAUGAUCAAGUACUCAACUUUUUAGGGGUGAAGUUAGUUGAUGUUGAUUGGUACGCAAAGUGUAUCCAGAGUUCUAAUCUUGUGGAUGGAGUAUCGGAAAAACUCUAUCUUCAGCUUUUACUCUUUGUUGCUAAAAACUGGUCUUCAAAAUUUAAGGGCACGAGCAUUAAUAGUAUUCCUUUGAUUAAGUAUGUGGCCUUGGAUGGAAGUCCAUCCUCUUUCAGUCUUCAUGAAUGCACACAGCCCCAUGCAGGUGCCAAGCGAGUAGUAAUUACAGACUCAAGUGAGUUUGAUGCUUGCUCUUGGCUGAUCGAUUGGAACAAAGAAUUUGCAUGUGCAGCAAACCGUUUUUUUAUGCCAGAAAGCACGCAAAAAGCUAUUUUGCAUUUUUCCCAGAAACAGACUUUGAUGGAAUGGCUUGUAAAUCAAGUUUAUGUUACUGAUUUGAGUGUGUACGCUUUUGCCAAAGUCCUCUGCAACUCUGUUAAAAAUAACAGGAAACAUGCUAUUGCAUAUGCUCAUUUUUUGUAUCACUCAUUUUCAAAGGCUCAUUUGUCAAAGCGGGAGGUUGAUACUCUCUGUAAUUCUAUGCCACUUAUUGAUAAUUAUGGUUCUAUCACCGAAAUAAGAAAAGGGGUUCUUGUGCCUGCAAAUGUGAGCAAAUGGGCAGACUUGAUUGUUUCUAAUCCUUGGAGGAAUGAAGAUUAUGUUGAGCUUGGAAAGGAGUACCUUAAUGCAUCAUUUUGUGCAGGUCAAUUUACAGAUUCCGGGGAGCUUAUUAGUUUCCUUACUACUCAUGUUGGAGCUUCUGACAUACCUCAUAUAUCUCCUCCAAAUGCUGGGUUUUCAGCUGUUGAUACUCCACUAACCAAAGACAAUGCCUUUUUGCUAUUGGAAUGGAUUUGGAAUCUGAGGUACAAAGGAGUGCACCUACCAAAGAGGUUUUUGGAAUGUAUAAAAGAAGGCAGCUGGCUUAAAAAUACUGUCAAUGGAUACAGCCCCCCCUCAAAGUCGUUUUUAAUUCGCUCACCAUUGGGGAAAAUUCUGCAAACAGGUUCUGUUCUUGUUGAUAUUCCAUUGAUUGAUGUGAGGUUCUAUGGGGAUAGAAUAAAUAGAUAUGAAGAGGAGUUGAGAACAAUUGGAGUGAUGUCCAGUUGUGAGGAAGCAUGCAAUUUCAUUGGAAAAGAACUGAUGUCUCGUGCAUCUUCCUUCACUUUAAGCAAGAAUCAUGUUCUUUUGAUGCUUAACUUCAUGCGAUACCUCAGGGAAAGUCUUCUUCCUCUCGACAAAUUUGUGAACAGCAUCAAAGAUGGGCCUUGGCUCAAGACUUCUUGGGGUUUUAGGUCUCCCGAGGGAUCUGUAUUGAAUGAUUCUGAAUGGAAAGUUGCAUCUGAAAUUAGUAAUAUCCCUUUUAUCGACCAAUCUUAUUUUGGUUAUGAAAUAUAUAAUUACAAAGAGGAGCUCAAGUUGCUAGGAGUGAUAGUUGGCUUAAGUGAUAAUUAUGAAACUGUCAUCAAGCAUUUAAAAUCACCGUCAAAUUUGGCGUCUUUGACAGCUGAGGCUCUUCUUUUGACAAUGCAUUGCAUCAGACUCUUGAAUGACAGUAGUAAACUCUCUACUUCACUUAAGGAAACAAGCUGCCUGAAGACAAACAUGGGUUUCAAAAAGCCAAGUGAAUGUUUCUUGUAUGAUCAGGUGUGGGGUUGCAUUUUGGAUGUAUUCAGUGGCCUUCCUGUGAUUGAUCAUAAAUUCUAUGGAGAGAAGAUUUUUUCUUACAAAGCUCAGCUGAGGAAAAUCGGUGUGGCGGUUGAUUUUGAAGAUGCUGUAAAAAUAUUUGCUUCUCUCUUCGAACAGAAGGCAUCACAAACUUCAUUUGAUAAAGAAAAUGUCAUGUCAUUUCUUUCUUGUUGCAGGAAGCUGAAGGGAACUGAUUAUAGAUUUCCUCCUGAUUUCUCAACCAUUAUACGUAAUCAGAAGUGGCUGUACACUAAGGUUGGCUGUUAUAUGUGCCCGAAAAAAUGCAUAUUAUAUGGUCCGGAGUGGAAAUCUAUAUCUUCAAUUACUUGUCUCCCAUUCAUUGACGACAGCGACAAAUUUUAUGGUACGACAAUAUAUGAAUACAAGUCAGAGCUAAAGAAUGUUGGCGUUGUUACUGAAUUGAAAAAUGGAGUGAGGUUUGUUCCCGAGUGUCUGAACUUUCCUUCAAAUCCUUCCACCAUUACUCCUGAAAGUGUGUUUUCUUUGCUGGAAUGCAUCCGAAGCCUAUUAAGCGAGCAUAAGCUUUCUAUUGAUGAUGAGUUUAAAAAGAGAUUGUCCAGAAAUUGGCUGAAGACACAUGCUGGUUAUAGGCCUCCAGAGUCGUGCUUGUUGUUUGAUUCCAAGUGGAGUUCUUUCUUUAAUCCAACUGACGGGCCUUUUAUUGAUGCGAAUUUUUAUGGACCUAAAAUAACAUCUUUCCAGAAAGAACUUAAUGCAGUAGGAGUCAUUAUUGACCUUGAGAAAGGGUGUGCUUUGCUUGCCAGUCACCUUGACUCUCUCUCUAACACUGAUAAUAUUGUGAAGAUAUAUGGGUACUUGUCCGAAUACAAUUGGAAACCAGAGAAGGAAGAUGACAAGAAAAUUUGGAUUUCGAAUGCAACUGAAGGUGGGAAGUGGGUCAAUUCUGAAGAAUGUGUCAUACAUGACUCGGAUAAGCUUUUUAGUUUAAAAUUUUAUGUUCUUGAAAAUAUCUAUGAUAAGAAAAUUCUUCCCUUCUUAACCUUUCCCAUGGAAGUCAGGACUAAGCCCUCACUUGACGAUUAUGUUGAUCUUUGGAAUGAUUGGGAGAGAUCAUCCGAAGAAUUUUCGUAUGACAAAUGCAGGAAAUUCUGGAUGUUUAUCAUGAAACACUUGGGCACAAAUACCGAGAAGAAACUUUUUGACAGGCUGAUCAAACUACCUGUAACAACGAGCAGCCUAGAAAUAUUUCUGGUAGAUAAGAAAGAUGCUUUUAUUCCUGAUAACCUUCAUCUAAAGAAGCUCUUUGAGCAAGAGAAAAUUUUUGUGUGGUAUCCUCAGCAGAAUUUUGGGCCAUCCUCCAUUGCAAAGUUGUAUGAUAUCUACCGAAAGAUAGGUGCUCGGAAUAUCUCUGAAUCACUAUACAAAGAAGAAUCAUCCUUAGUUAAUGAUGACGGUGUUGAAAUGGUGCGAGUUGAUCGUAAUAACAUUUUCAACUUAAAAGGUUUGGUUAAGCUCAUUCUUGGUUUCCUUGCUGGUUCAAGUCUGAAAAUGGAACCUGAUAAGAGGCAUGAAGCUGUUCAAGGUCUUCUCAACCUGAGUUUCCUCAAGACAAUGGUGCCGGUCACGGUAAGCUAUAGUUUAUCACUAUCAUCAGGGUACAUUGUUGUCAAGAAAGAUGACAAAAUGGUUCGCUGGAAUAGGCAGAGUUCCAAGUUUUUCAUCCAGAAAAUGGAUGAGCCUCAGAGAAAUGCACUGAAGUAUGCAACAUAUUUAUCUGAGACAAUAUCAGAAGGUGUUUUGUCUGAGAAUCAUGAUUUUGUUCCUGCUCUCUCUGAAUUAAUCACACUGGGGUUUGUGCUGAAAUUCAAGAAUGAAGAUAUUGAAUUUCUGAUGGAGUCCAAGAAUUUGCAGAUUUACUGUGAGGAUGAAAAGUUCCUCAGUUCUGCCUUCCCAUCUGACUAA